UACUUAUUUAAAAAAUCAACCCUUCUCUUCACUGUUCUCUCUGGAGUCUGGUGCCAGUCGUAGACUACAAGUAAUAAGAAAUUGAAUUGGACUCUUGAGUUGUCGAUCCAAUUUUUCUGGGAAUUGAAGGAGAAGUUGAAAAAUGGCAACAAAACAAAUGGAAGAGAUACAGAAGAAACUAUCAAUGUUGAAUUACCCAAGAGCAAAUGCACCUGCUCAAUCACUUCUCUUUGCCGGCAUGGAACGCUAUGCUCUCCUUGAAUGGCUCUUCUUUAAGCUAUUAGGUGAUAAAUCUCCAUUUUCUCAGCAGAACCUACAAGGAGAUGCGAUGGAUCGUGAUGAAGAAACUUCUCGAAUUCAAUACUUGGCCGAGAUUGCUAAGUUUCUGGGCAUUACCACUACUGUAGAUACUGAAGCAAUCCAAGGAAGAGGUAGUUAUGAAGACCGUACAGAAAUGCUUCGUCUUAUUGUAGAUCUUGUUGAGGCUAGCAUAUAUGCUGAUAAUCCCGAAUGGAGUGUUGAUGAGCAGGUAGCAAGGGACAUACAACUUAUAGAUGCCAUUGCAGAAAGACAAGCACAGAUUUUUUCUGAAGAAUGCAAGUUGUUUCCUGCAGAUGUACAGAUUCAAUCUAUAUAUCCAUUGCCUGACAUACCUGAUCUGGAGAAACAGCUUUCCGAUCAAUCAAACAGGCUUCUGAGUCUUCAGGAGAUGGUUGAUGAUUUAGCAUCUAAGCACUCAUACAAUCCGGAUGAGGACUAUGCGGAAGUAGAAGCAAAAUUACGGGCAUAUUUGGAGUCUUUUCUAGAAACUGCAAGAUCCUUUAAUUCCAUUUACACCAAGGAAAUUCGUCCUUGGACACACAUGAUGGAGGUUCCACAAUUGCAUGGAUUUGGUCCAGCAGCCAAUAGGCUGUUGGAAGCAUAUAAAAUGCUUUUGAAGUUUUUAGGAAAUUUGAAGAACCUUCGAGAUUCGCAUGCUGCAGUUGCUGUUGGAUCAUCUGAAUCAGUUGGUGGUGAGCCAUCUUCAGUCACGAGAAUAAUCUCCGAGUGUGAAACAUCAUUGACUCUCUUGAACCGUGAUCUUGGUAUUCUAUCGGCUUCAAUUGCUCGGGAGAAAGGCCAGGAUAUAAUGCUGUGAGAUUUGUAGUAUUUACACAAGAAGAGGAGGUUCUCCGUCGCGAUUGAAGUUUGAAUGAUAGAAACCAUACUUCUUGGGGACUGAGCACUAAUGUCAUGUUUAGGCCAAUAUAGGGCAUUGGCCUGUUGUAUUACAUUGUGAGUUGAAUGUUAUUAACUGUGCAUGAUGACCUGAGAGCACCUUGAAUUGUACCAGUUCAAAAUAUUGAUGAGUGAUGGAUCUUCAUACCUAGAGUGAUUUAAAGUUGAGGUCCUUCAUGGUCAUUGUCCGCCCUUGUAAUCAAAUUUUGAAGCUUCCUAUUCAUCAUUUUGCUUAUUUAGAUGGUUACAAUUUUCCCAUA